GGGGAGUCUUCCUCGUUUCCAUCCCUUUUGGUUUUGAGCUGGUGUUUCCCAUGGAAUCAGGAAUGGUGAUCCCUCCUAGGACGUACGGACAACGCCAGCUCAGGCUCCUGCAAUGUCGAUACUACCGAGGCUCUCCCUCCCCCUAAUAAACUCACCCACAACCGCCCGCCGUCUUCCAUUCCAAUCUCUCCUUCCUUCCCGAUUCCUCCGCCUCUUCUCUUCUCUAGCUCGCCGAAUUCCAUGGCUGCCCUCGCCGCCGUCGGGUCGGCCGUCUUCCCUGCUCAACGGCUCCAGGUAGUGAGCAACCGGAGGAGCACGGCGCCCUUCUUCCCGUCGGUUCAGCUGCGCGCCGUCGCCACCACCAAGCGCUUCCAGCUCCUGGCUUGCUCGGCCAAACAAGACACCAUUGAGAGGGUUUGUGAAAUAGUCAAGAACCAGUUAGCAGUCGAGGAAGGCAAAAUCGUAAGCGGAGAAUCAAAGUUCGUUGACCUUGGGGCUGAUUCACUUGACACGGUUGAAAUCGUGAUGGGUCUUGAGGAGGCAUUCGGUAUCACGGUCGACGAAUCAAGUGCCCAGGAGAUCAAGACGGUGGAGGACGCAGCAAAUCUUAUCGAUGACCUUGUGAAGCAAAAGGGUGCUUGAAAACAGCAUGAAGAUUUCUUUUCUGCAUCCUAUCUGGAUAAUUUUGCGGCGGGUGCUGCUGCUGAGCUUAGCUUUGUUGUUGUACUCUAAACGUGAACCGGUGCACGGGCUAUGAUUCUCUUGUUCGAAAUUAGUUAGCCAGGGCCUGCAGAGGUUCUCUUCGUGUCUGCUAUCAUGGGUUGAAUAAAUGAGGGGGGUGGUUCUUCCCUGAGGCAAGACUAUCAUUGUUCUAAGUUUGUGUCACUCCA